UGCAAGAGGGAAUAGAUGCUCCUACAUUUCUAUGCAUAAUAGCCCUAAAUAUUCCUUCCUCAGUCCCCAAACGCUAAAGCCUUCUCUCUUCCUCCUCUGCGCCUCUUCACUCUUUAGUAGGAAAAAGCUGAUUGAAAAAUGGGGGAGGAUGACGAGUACCGCUGUUUCAUUGGUAACUUAUCAUGGUCAACAUCGGAGCGAGGGCUAAAGGAUGCAUUUAGGAAGUUUGGCAAUCUUCUUGAUGCCAAGGUUGUAGUUGACAAGUUCUCCGGCCGAUCUAAAGGAUUUGGUUUUGUUACAUUUGAUGAAAAGAAAGCAAUGGAAGAGGCCAUUGACGCAAUGAAUGGGAUGGAUUUGGAUGGCCGUGCUAUCACUGUGGACAAAGCCCAGCCUCAACAAAGUUCAGGUAGAGAUUAUGAUAGUAAUCGGCCCCAUGAUCGUGACAGAGAUCGAGGUCGUGAUCGCAGUCGCAAUGAUCGUGAAUAUGGAGGUGGGCGGGGAUCUGGUGGUGGAGAGUGCUUUAAGUGUGGCAAGCCAGGACACUUUGCUAGAGAAUGCCCUAGUGAAGAAGGUCGUGGUGGUCGGUAUGGCGGCAGAGAUGAUAGGUAUGGUAGUGGCGGAGGUGGUGGUUCUAGAGGUAGUGGUUAUGGACCUGAAAGAAAUGGCGAUCGCUUUGGAAAUCGCAGCAGCAGGGAUGGCGGUGGACAUGGGGGAGGUGAACGAUAUAACCGUGAUCGUUCAGGGCCAUAUGAUCGUCGGGGUUCUGGCUCUCGCGCUGGUUAAUGCUUUAAGCUGAAGAGCUAGGCGCCAACCAAGCUGGAUACAGAGGGUUAUGUCUCAUGGCAUCUUGUUUCCUUGGCCUGUGAGAAGAAGUGGAUCGAUCUUUUGAACUUAUGAAACCUGGCACUUUAAUCUACUGUUCUAUGUCCAUAAAUGUUCUAUAGUAUGGAUUGAUUGGGAUCUUAUGCGUGCUUAAUUCACACUUAUGAAUGUGGUCUCACACUUUUGAAUGCUACUAUGGCUGCUGGUUAUUUGCUUUGUUGGCUUGGAAAGUAGAAUACUGUUGUUUGCUGCCGGAACCAUAAUGAUCUCUUGUGUUCACAAUUGUACCUCUGAAAUUUUGUGGUGAUAGAUGGGUCUGAUGAAUUGCCAGAAAUGUGUAUUGCCGAUAAAUUUCUGUGGUACAUAAGCGUGUUCCUGUCAAAUUGGGAAGCGAGGGUGAAUUAGAAGUGGUUUUUUGUUGCGUUCUCUUAGGAUCUGUUAACAGUUAAUGGGAGUAAAAACGGGCUGCCUUUGUUCAAAUGGCCUUUUUUGAGUACAUGGUUGGGUCUCUUUGCUUGUUUGGGUGCAUUUAAACGUAAUUAAUUUGAGAAAGUAUUUUGGACAGCGACAAUUCUUCUGCAAGUUAUUACACCACUAAUUGCUCUUGUGUUCGGGAAAGAUUGCUGGAGGAUGACUUUUAAGUUUCUUUUUAGAUGGCAAGUUGUUAGAUACUCUUGAGUUCAGCAACAGAGGUCCAUUAAUUUUGUUCUGGUUCUGAUGUUGCUCCUACACGGAGAAGGUUCUUGUUCGUUGUCGCUGUUUCCACAUCUGAAACCCGGAUGAGUGUCCUUUUGUUUCAAGUGAGGCUUCCUUUCCUGGUCAGCUUGUGGUUCUUGGUGUAUUGCUUCAAUAGAUGGUUCUGUUUUUCAAUUUCACUGGAGGUAUGACUGAUUUUGUUACCGGGUCCUAAAGUGUGGUUGCUUAUUUGAAUAUUUAGUACUUCAUCCGUUUUUUUUUUCGAGGUGGGAGAGGGAGUUGCCUCUUUGCUCAGUUACUCCUUUUAGAAACAUUGUAGAAUUCUAUUCUUUUGUUUUGCUUUCAUACCUGGGAACCCAUUACCCAUCAUCUGCCUACAGAUUUAGGAGUAGGGCUGAACCUUUAAGGUUCUUAAAACACUAAUAUGCUGUAUUUUCUCUCUCAAACACCCAUUACCUGGUUGAAUAUCUCUAUGUUCAGUACCCUAUAUACUCCGAACGGAGGAUUGAAUAUUGGUUGUA